AUGGAGAAACCAAAGGAAUCUCACUGGUUUGCAGCUAAGAAGGUCUUAAGAUAUAUAAAAGGUGCAUUGGAUUUUGGUCUUUUAUAUUCAUAUAAUAAUGAUGUUGCAUUAUAUCGAUAUUCAGAUAAUGAUUGGGAAGAUGAUCAAGAUGAAAGGAAAAGCACUACUGGAUAUGUUUUCUAUCUUGGAUCAAAAGCUUUCACUUGGAUGUCCAAAAAGCAGAGUACUGUAGCUUUGUCAACAUGUGAAGCUGAAUAUGUGGCAAUAUCAUCUUCUACUUAUGUAGAAAUAUGGUUGAAGAAUUUAUUAAAAGAAUUUGAUCAUCCACAAGAAGAAUUAAUAAUUAUUUAUGUAGAUAACAAGUCUGCCACAGAACUUUCUAAAAAUCCAAUUCAACAUGGAAGGAGCAAACAUAUUGACAUGAAGUAUCAUUUCUGGAGAGAUUAUGUGAAAUAG